AUGGGUCCGAUUCAUGGUAAAGAUUCAAAUAAUAAAUUUCAUCAUCUUCGUGUUUGUUUAUUCAAAACUGUUCAUUCUGAUAAAAAUUUAAAUGGAACAUAUGUAGAUUCGCCUGUUGUUGUUUGGUCUGAUGGAUCAAUUGGGAAAAAUUCAAAUUCCAAUGACGAUCUAAAUACAUUAAUUCAAUUGGGACAUAUUGUAAAUAAACAGCGAAAACUGAUACAUACAUUCAAUGAAUUAGAUCAAUGUCAAGAUUUUAUCAAAUGUGUUAAUAAUGUAUUUCUUAUUGUUUCCGGUACUAUGGGACAACAACUUGUACCAUUAAUUCAUGAUCUUGAACAAAUUCAUUCGAUCUAUAUUUUCUGUAUGAACAAACAUAAAUAUGAAUCAUGGACGAAGCAAUACAGAAAAAUUGAAGGUGUUUUUACAAAAAUCGAAGAUCUAUGUGAAUGUUUACGAAAACAUUUUAUUGGUCAAUCGUUAUCGGAAUGUGAAAAAUUACAAUUUGAUCUUGUAAGUAGAAAUAUUCUAUUGCAAAAAAACGAUGAACGGGAAUUAUCAUUUCUAUAUGCCAUAUUAAGUAAAGUAAUACUAGCCAAUAUGAAUUCAAUUAAACAACAAGAUAUGAUAGAUUAUUGUCGAAUGGAAAAUAAAAAUAAAAAUCACGAGAAAUUAAUUGACCAAUUGAAAAAUGAUUAUGGACAACAUAACCCUGUAUGGUGGUUUACACGAGAUAAUUUUCUUCGGGAAAUUAUUAAUCGAGCAUUGCAACUUCAUGAUUUUCUAACGUUAUGUAUGAUGAGUCCAUUUCUAAAUGAUCUUAAUGAUAAACUUGAACAAUUAUAUAGGCAGCAGUUAUCGUCGUCGUCAGAUCUACUUCAUCUGUAUUUUAGUCAAUCAGUAUCGAACGAUGAAUUUAUGAAACUACGAACAAAUAAAAAUGGACUUAUGUGUAUUAAUGAAUUUCUAUUUGCAAAUACAGAUCGAAAUAUCCCAUUAAUGUUUCUCGAACAUCAAACUUUUAAACGUUCACCAACAAAUAAUGUUAAUGUUCUUUUUAAAAUUUGUGUCUCACAAACAAAUGAAUCCAAUGCUCUCUAUGCUAAUAUUGGUACUGUAAGUCAAUUUGUUCAUGAAAAAGAUUAUCUUAUAUCAAUGUCAAGUAUAUAUCGCAUUGGUAAUGUUGAAGCACUUCCCGAAAUUCCAUCAGUUUGGUUAAUUCAUUUAACAUUACUUGAUCAAGAUGAUCAAGAACUAAUUAAUUGUAUCCAAGAUAUUGAUACAGAUGAAUUUUGCGAAGAUGAUUAUCUAGCUCUUGUAGGCUCAAAUAUUUCAGAUAAAUUAAAUCAAUUUAAAUCAACACGAAAACUAUGUGAGCAAACAUUAAAGCCCGGAGCUAAACAUAUUCGACCGAUUCUCUUACAUUAUAAUAUGGGAAUCAUAUAUGAUGCUUUAAAUGAUUUCAAUACCGCAUUACAUCAAUAUAAAUCAGCAAUUAAGCUAAUUCGAGAUUAUGAACAACAUGAUGCACUGAGAGACAAUCUACUGUUUGCACCAAUAUAUUCAAAUAUGGGAUUGACUUAUCAAAAAAUGAAUAUGACUAGUCAUGCAUUUGAUCAUGUUUUUCGUGGAUUAACUGUUAUUUCAAAUCAUCCAGAAAAUUCUCUCUUUCACAGUGAACUAUCGUUUGGAAUUUAUUUUAACCUCGGCUAUAUAGUUCAUCAACAAGGACAAAUCUGUGAAGCUAAAAGUUAUUAUGAACAUGCAUUGAAAAGUCUACAGAAAUAUUUGCCAAAUGAUCAUCCAACUGUAAUUAAAUUACAUGAUAUUCUUAAUUCAUUGAAGUCUGAAGAAGAAACUAGUAAACAUUCAGAUUAA